AUGGCAUCGAAAGGCAAAGGACUGAGGACAAUUAUAUUUGAAACAUCCGAGGAAUUUGAAUUCGCUACGUACAAAUGUAAGGCUAGUAACAUUAUUGGUGCCGUGGAAAGUCCACCUGUACAGCUGCACGAAAAAGAAAAUGACGAGCCUCUACCGCCAUCAACUAAAUCGUCAUCAACAAAUGACAAUAUACGUACGGAUAUACAUGAACUUUUUCAAAAGGAAGAGUGUGGGAAACAUUAUUUUGCAAGGGUUAUUUUUAUUGGUAAAAAUGGAGUUGGGAAAACCAGUUUAAUGCGUAGAUUACUGUGGGGUACAAAGGACCAGUCAUCCUCUACCCAAAGUACAGACGGUAUCGAUAUUAAGAAAUGCAAUAUUAAUAUUAAAGAUGGAAACUGGAGCCCAUGCAAUAAGAUAGAUCAUGAUCUAGCAAGAUUGAUUCAACAGGUGUAUUCAGAGAAGAAAGAUAAUAAAAACGAAGCACUCGAACAAAAUAUUGAAUACAGCUCUUUUGAUGAAGGGAAUUCAAGCUACACUUCAGACGACUCAAAAACUGGCUGCAAACAAGCAUUCGUUCUAAAUGGGAAAAGUACUCAUGAGCAUCAAAUUGAAGUGAAUAACCAGUCAAGUCAUGAUAUAAAAGUUCAAGUAGAAGUUUAUGAGAGCAAAUUUAACAAUGGAACUAGCAAUAUGACAGAAGAUAGCUCCGAUAUUGAUGACACAUAUGUGAAAGAAAUACAGAAGGAAACUACAAAUUAUAUUAUCGACGACAGUGACGAAAACGUUAAAACGAUGAAGAGCGAACCAAGUCAAGAUAAAGGGAAAAUAAAUCAAUUUAGAAGGUUUGAAGGCAAUUUCACGAAAAGCAAUGAAGUGGAAAAUGAAAGUAUUAUACAAGAUGAUGAGAAUAUUGUUCAAAUGACUAAUUCCAUCAUACAAUCAUGUUCUCAUCGGAAUGCAAAUGAUUCGCAUGAUAUGUCGGCGUUCUGUUCACUUUGGGAUUUUGCUGGUCAGAAAGAUUUUUAUGCUACACACCAAGUAUUUCUAUCAAAGUGUGCAGUUUUUCUACUAGUAACAGAUAGUUUAGAGUCAAGUUGUGCUGAAAAAUUAUGGAUUGAUUUCCAAGACACAGCACAGUAUGUCAGUUUUUGGUUUGACGCUAUUCAUUGUUACUGUUCAACUACGAAGGAAAAUAGAAAAUUAGAUCCUCCAAUAAUAGUUGUAUGUACAAAUGAAGACAAAAUAAAGGACCCAAACAAACGUGUGAAGCGUCAAAACAAAUUCAAAAAUAACGUAAUCAAGAUUCUGAAACAACAUCAAAGAGAACAUUUGAGAAACAUUCAUUUUGUUUCAAAUACUGAAGAUGACGACUUUGUGUUUGAAGAGAUACGAAAGGAAAUAUCGAGCCAUGCUAUGACUAUGAAAGAUUGGGGUAGAGACUGUCCACUUAAAUGGCUUUUAUUUCAACAAGUUAUAGCCAGGUUGAAAGACAGUGAAGUGCCAAUUGCUACAACUACGAAAUUACUUACAAUUGCAAAACAUGACAGCAUUGGCAUACACAAUGAUGAAGAAUUUAAACGAUGCUUGCAAUACUUUAAUGACAUCGGAACAGUUAUUUACUUUGAUGAGGAAAAUUUAAAAGAUCAUGUCAUUUUGGACUCAAAAUGGUUGAUUGAUGCUUUCAGAUGUCUUGUAUCUGAUAAAAUAGAAUUUUCUAUCGAAAUUUCAAAUGACUGGCAAACACUAAAAGAAACUGGAGAACUGACUUCCGAACUAAUAUAUCUUUUGUUCAAGAAAGAACCAAAAUUGAAGUUUUUGGAGAACAAACAACAUUUACUUGAAGUUAUGAAACGAUUCGAUAUAAUUGUGAAGCUGUUAGAUUCGAAUGCAUUAUACAUGCCAUGCAUGAUGGACUCCUGCUCAUUUAACAAAGUUAAGAAAAGGUUAAUGAACAAACAUCAAACCGUGAACAUUACUAGUUGGUUAUGUUUAGAGUUUGAGUUUCUUCCCCCAGCUUUUUUCAAUCACAUUAUUGCAUGGUACAUCAAGAAAUAUCCUGUGAGUGCUAUAUUCGAAAAGGGAACUCGUACCAACAGGAAAGCACUUUAUCGUCAGAUUGGUGUAUUUGAUUUAGAUCAUUCCCGUUGUCAACAACUAGUUGUUUGUGAAGGACCAAAUGUCAUUGCCCUUCAGGUAUGGGAUACACGAAUGUCCGGUCAACCAUUUGGAGAUUUGGUAACACGCCUAUUUGAAUUCAUUAAAACAAUUGAAAAUAGAUACAGUCUGAAGAUAUCAUACGAAACAUCAUUCAAAUGUGGCAAUGGGGACUUCAAUACAAAUAGGAGGAGAAUGAAUACGUUAGUCACUAAAGAUUAUCGGUGUUUGGAGCAUGCAACAAAUCACGUAUGUGCCGAUUUAGUACAGCCCUGGGGAUUGAUGAAUAAAUUACAGUAA